CUUAAUUUUCCUGUGCUAUUUUUUUGGCGUCGCCAGCUCGCCACAGCCAGUUCAAACUUUGCGAGCCAGCCGCUUGCAGCAUGGGCAUGAGCUUGACGUCUGUAUCAAUUGCAAAAGAUUCUGCAAUGGCUGGAGCUCGCUACCAUGGCGUGGCCGCGAGUGUGCCUGUGUCGUCCAAGCACCUGCGCUUGCGCCAUCGGCGGAGCUCCCAAGCUCAGAGAGCUUGCCGCGGCGCCAAUCCAGUGUCCCUUUCGCCCCUCCUCCUCCUCCUCCUCGUCCUCCUGCAAGCCACCGCACCGCCCCUCGCCGCGGCCGCCGGGCUCUGCGCGGCCGCCGUGGCCACCGGCCCUCGCACACUGGGGGCGUUGGCUGCCGCCUGCCCUGAGCAGCUCAGCACCUCCCUGGCUCUGCUGGCUGCCGCCGCCGCCGGGCCGCUGGGAGACCAUGCGGGGUGGCUGCUAGGGUGUGCGCCCGGCGAGCGCAGCUGCCCUCGGACCGUUUUCCUGCCCGUCGACUCGGCCUGGCAGAAGCACUUCCAAGCCACUGGCAGCAGCCUUGCCACCGCCACCGCCGCCCUGACCUCAGCGCCCGCCGGCAGUAGCAGCAGCAGCAGCCCGCAGCAGCAACAGCUACUGCCGGACGUCGCGCGUGUGCUGCUGCUGCACGUGCUGGGGGCGGGGGAGGGGAAGCUGCGCGCGAGGCAGUUCCCCAAGGUGCCGGGAGCCAGGUCGUACGGCACACGACUGGGCGGUGCACGGCUGACCGUGUCCAGGUCCGCCGGCGCCGCCAACACGCUGCAGCUGAGGGGGCCGGUGGUGGCGGGUGGCGCGGCGGCCACCUCCCUCACCAGCAACCUGCCUGCGGGCAAGGUGUUUGUCUACCUGGUGGAUGUCGUGCUGCUGGCGCCGCCCCCCGCAUCCCCCUCGCCCUCACCCCCGCUGCCCCAAGCCACCGCCACCUCCCCGAGCCCGCCCUCGCCCCCGCCUCCCUCGCCCCGGCCUCCCUCGCCUCCACCUCCCUCGCCUCCGCCUCCCUCCCCGCCCCCGCCCUCUCCGUCCAGCACCCCCACCCCCACCCCUGAUACCACCGCACCCUCGCCGCCACUGCCUCCCCCACCGCCGCCCUCACGCAACCGGCGGCCGCGCCCACCGCCAGGCCCGCCGCCGCGUGCGCCCGCCAGCCCACGGCCGCCGUUGUCGGUUAGUGGUUUGGCGGGCUAUCUGGAUCUGAUAACGGACAUGCGCGCGCCCGUGAUCUCCGUCUUGAUGGUGGCGGUGCCCGGCACACGCAAGUAUGUGCUUGUGGAGCGGCCCACGGACGUGUUCUACGUCAACGGCGGAGUGAUCGACAUGGACACACGGAAGACCCUGCGCUUCCUGCCCGCUGAGAACCGCUUCUGCUCGGGCGUGAUGGUGCUGCCCAGCGGCAUGCCCAUAUUCCCGGGCGGCUUCGGACCCACGGGCCUGCUCAAAGACGGCCGAGCCAACAUCGGGGGUUUCUUCGUGGGCAACAACUCGCUCAUCAACGUCGGCAACAUGCGCGCGCUGAGGUGGUACGCCACGCCCGCCGUCAUGCCGGACGGCAAGGUGCUCAUCGCGGGCGGCAGUCCGCAGUACAACGCCGGCGCGCCGCCGCCCUGGGCGGAGCUGUGGGACCCCGCGCAGCCCUGGGCCCCGACGCGCACCGUGGCACAGCCGCCGGCGUUCGAGUCGGUGGAGCACCGCUGGUACCCGCUGCUAUGGCUGCUGCCGCGGGGCGACGUGUUCUGGUGGGCGGACCGCGCGGGCGCCAUCACCGACAGCGACACGUUCCGGGUGCUGCGCAACGUGCCCAGGUUCCCAGACAACUACAGGUACCGUAUGCUGUACCCCUUCACGGCCGCCGGCACCAUGUUGGCGCUGCGGCCGCAGGACAACUACCAGCCCAGCUUCGUCGUGUUCGGGGGCGGGGACAUGUCGGGCCGGCCCUUCAUCAACGAUGACGACGUGACGUUGGCCGCCUCCUCGCAGGCGGCGCGCCUGGACCUGACAGCCUGCAGCUCCGACCCCUCCGGCUACUGCACCAGCGGGUGGCAGCUGGAGGACAUGCUGGGUCUGCGGCGGCUGAUGGGUGAUGCGGUGGUGCUGCCCAACGGCCGAGUCAUUCUGCACGGCGGCGCGGCGUCCGGCCUGACCGGCCUGCCCAAGGGCGGCCCCAACCAGGCCGCCGACCCGCAGCUGGUCCCGCUGGCCUACGACCCCUACGCGCCGCCCGGCCGCCGCUUCAGCCGACUGGAGCCGGGGCCCGUGGUGCGGCUGUACCACUCGGCGGUGUGCCUGGACCCGUCUGGCCUGCUGCUGGUGGCGGGCUGUGAGACGUGCUCGGGCUACCGGGGCGGGACCCCCUUCAUCUCGCCCAGCCCCGACGGCAUGUUCGAGUACCGCCUGGAGUGGAUCACACCAGCCGAGGUGGCGCCGGGCGUGCCGCGACCCGUCUGGGUGGACGAGGGGGCUGCUGCAGACGGAGGUGGAGGUGGAGGCGGAGGUGGAGGUGGAGGCGUGCGGCCGCCGUCAGUCGUCCAACGCGGCAGCACCUUCAACGUGACCUACGACUACGACUACGAGCUGGGCGCCGCCCCCGGCAGCAGCAGCCCCCUGCUGGCCGCCGCCUCGCUGGCCGCCCCCUGCGCCGCCACCCACUCCGUGGCCAUGAACUCCCGAGUGGUGCUGAUGACGGUCCUGUCGGACGUCGAAGUUCCUGGCGGCGGCGGCGGUGGCGGCGGGCCUUCCGAGCCGCCGCGCCGGCGUGUGGCCACCAUUGCGGCGCCGCCCGCCUCCCUGCCCGGCCUGGCGCCCGCGGGGCCCUACCUGCUGUUCCUGGUGGGGCAGGCCGGCAGCUACAGCCGCGGCGUGUGGGUGACCGUCACGUGAGCAGCUACAGCCGCGGCGUGUGUGGGUGACCGUCACGUGUUCAUCGGCGGUAUGGGCGUGGGCCACGUGAUGGGGCGUGGGGCUGCGUCGUGAGCCGACUGUCACGUGACCGGCAUGCACCGCUGUGCGCGAUUGGCACCGCGGCGACUGGCGUCAACUGGAGCUGCCUGGGGGAAGGUGUCGGGAGGGACGGCCGGCGCACGAGAAAUGUGGGCGACGGAGGGAGAGUCAUGUCGGGAGGGAGUGCAGGGUAGAGGAGGGCGGGCUGGGGCGCGUUGAAGGGCAGACCGCGUGUGAGGCGGUUGCUGCUGUUGUGUGCAUGCAGUGUGGCGGGGCGAGGGUGGGUGACCGCCGCACUUGCAAAGCAAGGUUAAGAGUACAGCUGCAGGGUUGCAAGUAGAAGGGGUCUCAAAUUGCAUGCAUGCAAGCUUGCAUACAAGCAGCCACACGUGUCGCAACAUCUGCAUCCAGAUGUUGCCUUUCAUUUCCGUACUACCGUACCGUAAAUACAUAGCACGGUUUAGCCAAUGAACUGUCGGUGGAGUACGGCGGGCCGCUUCGGGCAUCCCAAGUCUCGUCCAAUAGGCAGUAGCAUGUUGCAUGUGGAUUGGUAUCAGUAGCAAGUGGACUGAUAGAUGGCAGCAUCAGGGCCGCCUAGCUAGGACGUUCAAGGUCCUCAAUGCACUAGGGCAAAGCACAGCACUCGGCGUCCAGGGGCAUUGCUGCGCACGCAGAUGGAGUCUCAGUAAUAUAGAAGCUUCGAGCCGCUGGCGGACAUGCAUACUUGGCGUCCAUGUUGUGUUGUUGGCGUGUCCGCACCGCAUUUGACUCACUCGCCAUUUCCAUACAUGUUGGGCUCCCUCUUCUGCCUUGCCGCGCCCUGUCCUUGCACCUGCUGCUUGUCACACCGUCGCCCGGCCAUUGCUUUGCUGCACGCUGCUCGCAUUACGUGGGUUGUCGUCGUCGGUGCUCAUCCGUGGACGUCGGUCGCCUGAGCUGCAACUCUGCAUCGCACGUGGUGUGGCGUCGCAUACUGUCUGUGUGGUGCUAUCGCCUGGCCGGAGCAUGAGGACUGCGCGUCAGCAAAGCUCUAUGAGCCGGCCAGCGCGGUAUACAACAUCAAUAACACGGACGGCCUCACUGCCCUCACAGUGGCUCGAGCCUAGCGGAUGGCACUAUGGCAGAUUGGCCUUUUCCUGGGAAACACGCUGCACUGGACAGGGCGGGCGACACUGGGCCGAACGUCACCGCAAAGUGGCGCAAGUGCGCAGGCUGGGUUGCAGCAGAUGGAAGGCACUAAGACCUUGCUUCAAAGAGGACCUGGAAAGAACGGCUUCCCCUCCCCUGGCUUCCGGCUUUCGCAGCUUCUUCGGCGUGCCAAGCCUGUGAGAGCCUGGGGUGUCGUGUCCUGGCGUGUGAGCGUGCGUGCCGUGUCACACCGACCAUUGGGUCCGGUCUUUGCAUUUCCUCUUUAUCAUUAGCGUGCAGACAAGACAAUAAGAUUUACGUUCUGCAUGAUUUGGAGUCACGCUUGUAUGCGCGGACUAUAGAAAGAUCUGUUUGGAUAAGAGCGUCGUACUGCAUGGAGGCAGCGACGUCUCGAGGCCAAGUGCGUGGGAGAGAGCCACCAGCUCGUCUUUUGGCUCUCGUCCCGAACGUGCGCCCCGUAUUACAGACCAAACCUAGUCUCGUUGUAAUAUUUGAGAGUC